AUGAAAAUAUCAAAUCGAAUUCCUAUGUUUAUUUGUUUAAGAUAUUCAAUUAAUUAGACUGCAUUGUUUUCAGCUAAAAUUAGAAACAGAUAAACUAUGAUGCUAAUUAUGAACAAGGAAAUAUAUAUGUCUAUUCAUCUCAAAAAGUUAGAAAUGAUAUUUGACAAAUCUAUAAUUAAUUAAUUAAUUAUAUUGUAAUUUGGCAUCGUGAUUUAAGCUCAAGAGACAAACAAUACUGAAGAAGAGAUUUCAGAUUAUUGUGAUGCAGUUGCCAAAGACACUUCUUUUAAGGUGAAUGUAACAGUUUCAGAUAUUAACAAUAAAAAUUAUUGUGUUGAAGGUGGAUCUCGUGUGGCUUUAUUCGACACAAUUUAACAAGAAGAUCAAUAUGUGUAUUUGUCUGAACAUUAUUGUGCCAACUUAUAACAUUAUCCAAUUACUUGCGAACAAUAUUAUCACGCUUCAGAAUAUGAUAAAAAAGCCAAAGCCAACUAUAAGAAGCUCUAUGAAGAUUAUAAGGCCACUGGAGUACCCAACUCUGAUUGUUUGGGUAUUGCAAGAUUCGUUUUCUGUGCUGAAUAAUUCAAAUAUUGCAGCACAGAUGAUGGAAAUACCGAUUAUGAAAUCUGCAGUUUCUUAUGUGUCAUUUGGCAAAAUAGAUGUCCUGAUUACAGUGAUAUUUACGAUCGUGUUUGUGCUAAUGGAGGAGGAGAAAAUGGAAGAUGCAGUUAUGCAAUUAACUAUACUUUUCUGUUGUUUUUCAUUCUAUUUUUAUUAUAUUGA